GUGUCCAGUCAGAGCGCCAGCAAGCAGCACCGGUCACCAGCCUGCCACCAGUCCACGCCGGCCCCACAGCCCAUGGAGUCCUGGCUACUCCUCCUGCUCCUUGGCCUCUGCUCAGCUGGCCUCGUCCUGGGCUCUGAACAUGAGACCCGUCUGGUGGCAAAGCUGUUUGAACAAUACAACCGCGUGGUGCGGCCAGUGGAAGACCACCGCCAGGCCGUGGAGGUCACCGUGGGCCUGCAGCUGAUUCAGCUCAUCAACGUGGAUGAAGUAAAUCAGAUCGUGACCACCAAUGUUCGACUCAAACAGCAAUGGGUGGAUUGCAACCUCAAAUGGAACCCAGAAGACUAUGGCGGCGUGAAAAAAAUUCACAUUCCCUCUGAAAAGAUCUGGCACCCAGACUUGGUUCUCUAUAACAAUGCAGAUGGUGACUUUGCCAUUGUCAAGUUCACCAAAGUGCUCCUGGACCACACCGGCCACAUCACCUGGACGCCUCCGGCCAUCUUUAAAAGCUACUGCGAGAUCAUCGUCACCCACUUUCCCUUUGAUGAACAGAACUGCAGCAUGAAGCUGGGCACCUGGACCUAUGACGGCUCUGUGGUGGUCAUCAACCCGGAAAGCGACAAGCCAGACCUGAGCAACUUCAUGGAGAGCGGCGAGUGGGUGAUCAAGGAGUCCCGGGGCUGGAAGCACUGGGUGUUCUACGCCUGCUGCCCCUCCACUCCCUACCUGGACAUCACCUACCACUUCGUCAUGCAGCGCCUGCCCCUCUACUUCAUCGUCAACGUCAUCAUUCCCUGCCUGCUCUUCUCCUUCCUAACCGGCCUGGUGUUCUACCUGCCCACAGACUCAGGAGAGAAGAUGACCCUGAGCAUCUCUGUGCUGCUGUCCUUAACCGUGUUCCUCCUGGUCAUCGUGGAGCUGAUCCCUUCCACCUCCAGUGCUGUGCCCUUGAUCGGGAAAUACAUGCUCUUCACCAUGGUGUUCGUCAUAGCAUCCAUCAUCAUCACGGUCAUCGUCAUCAACACGCACCACCGCUCCCCCAGCACCAACGUCAUGCCGGAGUGGGUGCGGAAGGUUUUUAUUGACACUAUCCCAAAUGUCAUGUUCUUCUCCACAAUGAAAAGACCAUCCAGAGAAAAACAAGACAAAAAGAUAUUCACAGAAGACAUUGAUAUUUCUGACAUUUCUGGGAAGCCAGGGCCUCCACCCAUGGGCUUCCACUCCCCCCUGAUCAAACACCCCGAAGUGAAAAGUGCCAUCGAGGGGGUCAAGUACAUCGCAGAGACCAUGAAGUCAGACCAGGAGUCCAAUAACGCGGCUGAGGAAUGGAAGUAUGUUGCAAUGGUGAUGGACCACAUUCUCCUUGGAGUCUUCAUGCUCGUCUGUAUCAUUGGAACCUUGGCUGUGUUUGCAGGUCGGCUCAUUGAAUUACAUCAACAAGGAUGAGCAGAAAGCGGAGCUGAGCCCCCUCCGCCCCAGCACGAGUCAGAGCAGAGAAGGAUGGGGCCGACGGGAAAACUUGUCCUCUUGGAUAUAAGCAUUUAAUUAUCUGUAUUUAUGAUUAAUGGUAACAAUUUACAUUUCUGUAAGGUUACGGCCUCUAAGUGUUUUCAUGUUGCUUCUCCCUUCAAGCUCUGUGUGCCUGGAGAGCGAACCGUUUUCAGUACGUGAAACAGGAUCGCUACAAGAAGCAUUCAUUUUCAGAGGAAUCUGGAAGAGUUUUGCCCAGAAUAGCUGAGGUUUUCUGUUGGUUUGUUUAUCUACUUUUAUUUUUAUUUUUUAGCAAAGAAUGUAUCUUUUGCUUAAAAGCCAGUUUUGUGCCUACUAGAAAAGCCCCAUCCACCAGUCCCAAAAAGAUAACCCCUUUGAUUUGGAGAGAAAGGAGGCAGUAGAGGCGAUAGGUAAGUUCUAGAACGGCUGCUAAAAUGCAAGUUGACCCAAGCCCUAUGUGUUAAAGGAGAUGCCCAGAACUGGGAGGUGUGAGAAGCAUUUCCCAGUGUAAGACAGCAUCUGAGUUUGAUGCUCAGGGUUUGAGGGAAAACAGGUCCUAACAUGUAUUGAGUGGAAAGACCAGGCACUGAAGGAAUCAUCUCACAUACAUGAUUUAUUUCAUCCUCCUAACUCUCAUACAAAUGAGAACACUGAACUUGAGGGAGGUUAAGUUCAUUGCCUAAACUAUUAAAGACAAGAACUGGGAUUUGAACCCAGACCAAAUCUGAGUUCCAAGCAGCUCCGGGCUGGGUCAGUUCAUCUGCUCCUUGCUCUCCGGACACCCCUGGCUCCAUCAAGGCCCUUCUGUAACCCUGGUCAGUAUCUUGAGAGCUCAGUGUUAGUGUUGACCAUCUUUCUGCCUUCCCAGUGAAACUUCCUGUCUUUUUUUCCUAGUCCUAUCCAUGGAGCAUAUUAUUCUCUCCAUAGCAACCUAGAGCCACAGUGUAAUUCACCCAGAACCAGAAAACGUGCAGCCCUGGCCUGGGACCCCCAGAACACAUCUGCCCCCAUCAGUAGCAGGGCACAGCGGGAACUGCACUGCUGGGCAGCCUGACUGAACGCAGGUGGUCUCGGUCUACUUCUGCAUGGGGUCCCUGUCACACAGCCACGGCAGGGUGAGUGCCUUCAUCUUAGGGUCAGCUAAAGAGAAAACAGUUUGGUGCCGCCUCAAAAAGUUAAACAUGGAAUUAUCAUAUGAUCCAGCAAAUCCACUCCCCAAAGAAUUGGAAGCAGGGAAACAGAUACCUGUAUGCCGAGUGUCCACUGCAGCAUAAUUCACCAUAGCCAGUAGGGAGCAACCCAAGUGUCCAUCAGUGGAUACGCAGAAUACAGUAUAUACAUACAAUGGAAUAUUACUCAGCCUUAAAGAGGAAUGAGAUUCUGAUAUAUGUUAUAAGAUGGAUCAACCAUGAAAACAUACUAAAUGAAAUAAGCCGGACACAA